AUGGGAAGUGUGAGAACACACCGGUACAGCAUAGUUUCUUCUGAGGAAGGCGGGAUGAAGCUGUCCCCCAUCGCCAUGCAAAAUGGCUACGGCAAUGGAAAUGUGGGCGGCAAAGUGCACACGCAGCAGCAGGCACAAACCCGCUUCGUCAACAAGGACGGACAUUGCAACGUGCAGUUCAUUAACAUGAGCGAAAAAGGUCAACGCUACCUGGCUGACAUCUUCACAACAUGCGUUGACAUUCGCUGGAGAUGGAUGAUGGUCCUCUUCUGCCUGUCUUUCCUGCUAUCCUGGUUGCUCUUUGGACUUAUAUUUUGGUUUGUUGCGCUUUCAUCCGGUGACUCAGAGAAUCAAGAGCAGAUAUGCAUUUCGAACGUUGACAGCUUCACGGCAGCCUUCCUAUUUUCCGUGGAGACCCAAACGACUAUUGGUUAUGGCUAUCGAUAUGUAACGGAGGACUGCCCCUUUGCUGUCUUCAUGGUGGUUUUCCAGAGCAUCUUGGGAUGCAUCAUUGACGCCUUCAUCAUUGGUGCGGUCAUGGCUAAGAUGGCAAAGCCUAAGAAAAGAAACGAAACCCUUGUGUUCAGUCACUAUGCCACAAUAGCCAUGAGAGACGGUAAACUGUGUCUAAUGUGGAGGGUCGGGAACCUCCGGAAAAGUCACCUGGUGGAAGCUCACGUUCGUGCCCAGCUGCUCAAAUCCCGCACCACCGCUGAAGGAGAGUUCAUCCCGCUGGAUCAGAUAGACAUUGAUGUUGGAUUCGACACUGGUAUUGACCGCAUAUUUUUGGUGUCUCCCAUCACUAUCGUGCAUGAGAUUGAUGAGGACAGUCCUUUGUACGACAUGAGCAAACUGGAACUGGAAAGUUCGGAGCUGGAGAUAGUGGUGAUUUUGGAGGGCAUGGUGGAAGCUACGGCCAUGACCACUCAGUGUCGCAGCUCUUACGUGACGAGCGAAAUCCUGUGGGGCCAUCGCUUUGAGUCGGUCCUUUUUGAGGAGAAAAACCAUUACAAGGUGGACUACUCGCGCUUCGAGAACACCUACGAGGUCCCCAGCACGCCUCAAUGCAGCGCUCGAGACUUGGCCGAAAAGAAGUACAUCAGGUCUAGCUCCAACUCUUUUUGUUAUGAAAACGAAGUAGCCUUCAUGGAUAAAGAGGAAACGGAGGACGAUGACGACGAUGAGGAAGACGACCAGAAGAACAUCAGAAGGGACAGUGUGGCCUUGGAUGGAUCCAAUGCCGAUGAUGUCAAAAGCACAGCUUCCAGUCAGGAUACUUUACCGCUACAACUCAUACCUUUAAGACAACAGCCUGAGUUAUGA